UUUUGUUAAUAAAAAACGUUUUAGAAAAUUCUUCUGCAGCAACAUGGAGUCGGGUGAAUUUGAUGCUGCUCUUGGUGGACCUGAAAAUUUGCCACAUUCGGCAAAUAGUUUGAAAUUUGCUGCUUCUAGAAGUGUAGAAAUAGCUGCUAUGACUGAAAGUAUACUACGGCCAAGUAAAACGAAACUCAUAUUUCAAAGUUUACCUGUACACAUGCGCCGAAGGGUGAUGAGCCACAAUUGCAAACGUUUACCCAAACGAUUACGAGAGAGUCAAUUGGAACAACUUAAAAAGAGUGGAAUAUCUCGACAACAAAAGCGAAAGCCUUCUCGAAAACAUAGACGAAGGAAAACAAAUUUGUUAGAAGAAUAUAACAGGCGACAAAGAAGAAAUAUUUGGUUAGAAACACAUAUCUGGCAUGCUAAAAGGUUUCAUAUGGUAGAACGUUGGGGACACCGCUUAGCUUACAGAUCAUGUGAUAAGGCAUUUAGAGCCUGCUAUCGGGCAAGCUCGGCUCAUUGUCUAAUGCAAGACAUAUCAUACUAUACUCCUAUCCAAAUAAAAGGACCAGUUGACACAAUUAAGGACUUAUUCAAUAAUAUCACAGACAACAGUUGUGGGCUUGGAAUUUGUGCAAAAGCAUAUAUUAAUGGAAAUAGAGAAGGCACCAUUAAUUUAUAUAAACCUAAUUGUUAUCCAUAUGAUUUUAUUGGUCAAAUAGAUUUUUUAUGGAUAUCUUCUGAUAAUAGCUAUAAGGAAAUGUGGUUAUUUGUACAUCCCUCUCAAGCUAAAAUAGUAGAGAAUGUGUUAACUGAAUUGAUUAGUAAAUCAAGUACAGACUUAUCAAAUGUAGAUAGUGGAGAAAAUUUACCUGCAAAACGGAGAAAAAUAUCAACAAAAUACUCUGAAGUUAAAAUUAAACCAAUGGCUGGAAUUUUUAAUAGAAUUCGCUUGACGGGACCCAAAAGUCACGCAGUAUUGGUUCAUUCACUGAAAUGUGUAGAUAACAUAGAAAAUGUACAAUCUAAUAAUUGGAUUCAGCAUCUAAUGAACAAAGAAGUAAAUUUAUUACUUAAAGAGAAAAAAGAAUAUUGGGAACAAAUUAGUUCUUUGACUUCACCAUCUCAACUAUCUCCAAGAUUAAUAAUUGGUUUAGUUAUAAAAGACCCUCGAUGGAGUCGCCCUGCCAAGAGAACAAAAGCUCAAAACAACUAUAUUACAAGCAUUGAUGCUGAAACAUUAAUUAAUGUGCCUCCCUACUUAUCCUCAUCGCCAUUGUGGGACACAUCUGUAUGUGAUAUUAUAAAAGAACAAAAAAUUACUAAUGCAAAAUUUAUUGAACAUGUAACUAAAACACAUUUUGUCCCAGGAGAAAUCAAUGAAGAUGAUCCAACACUACAAUGUAUACCCAUUAUUUUGGUACAAAGACCUGGAUCACAAAAUUCAGACUACAAAAAAAUUGGUUAUGGCUGUGGAUGGGAUAUUAUUAUACCUUCUGGGUAUGGUCUUCCCUUUUGGCUUACUCUAAUAAUGUUUGGAGCAAGGUCAGGUGGAUUAAGAGAAACAGAAAAUUUGGCAUUUGAAAUGGGUCAGUGCUAUUUGCCACCAGACUCAGAAGCAGGAAGAUUAGAAGAAAUAAGAAUUGAAUCUGAAUUAAAAGAAAAGUAUUUUAGGAGACCACCAAGUAAAAGAGUUAAUUUUGUGAAACUUGCUGUUCCCUAUCCAUUUAUAUGCCCAUGGAAAAUAUUGCUUAAAGACUGGGGCAACAAUGUUGAGGGAAAAAUGUUUGUUCUGCGUGAUAAAAAAGUGUUAGAUACAUUACAGGACUGCAUAAACAACAAAAAGAAGGUACCUAAAAUAGAAAAUUCUGAUACUUGUUUAGUUCCUAUUUAUAUAAAAAUGCAAGGAAAAGGAAAUUUAACGAAAUAUUCAACAAUUUGCUUGCCACUUGUAAAAGAUAUUAGUGCAAGUGAAGAAUUAAUGGAGCCCCAUCAUGAAGAUCCUAAUACAAAAUUACGAAAACAAAAAAGGUUGGAACGACAGAAAUUACUUAAACAGAGGAGAAGAAAGCGUAUAAAAUUGAGAAAAAAACAAAUUGUAAUCAAUCAAAAAACUAAGAGACGCAAUAAAACAGAACCAUCUGAGUAUGUUAAAGCAAUGAGAGAAUUGUGGCUUCCUUCAAAUAUAGAAUCCAUUCGCAAUAUGGGUAUUCGAGAAGUCAUGGGAUAUGUGACCCAAGGAGCUUUUAGUUUUUCUGAAGCUAAUAUUCGUGGAAUUGGAUAUAUAGCUUAUAAUGCAAUCAUGACACUUGACGACCAUUACUUAAACAAAGUUCUUGUAAGAUGCACAACUUCAAAAAAAUACAGGCUAGCAAAUAUUCAUAUAAUAAAACCACCUUAAGUUU